ACGGCGGCGCCCAUGGACAACGACGACCUCCUCGGCGAGAUCUUGCUCCGACUUUCCCCGCUCCCCACCUCGCUCCCCCGCGCCUCCGUCGUCUCCAAGCGCUGGGAACUCCUCGCCACCGACCCAGACUUCCGCCGCCGGUUCCUCGCCCACCACCGGAAGCCCCCCAUCCUCGGCGUCUUCGAGGAGCGCGACCGAACACUGGUAUUCACCUCCGUUCUCGACCCUCCCGACCGCAUCCCUCCCGCGCGCUUUGACUUGCCAGAUCCAGGCGGAUUAGCGUUUGAUUCAUGGACUCUGCCCGGGUGCCGCCACGGCUUCGUGCUUAUCCUCUUCCAGCGGCUGUCUCUGAUCCUUAUGUUUGAUCCUAUAUCCGUCGACGUCCGCGCCCUGGCCAUUCCGCCGGGGUUCGGGCCCCGCGUGGAGUUUCCGCCUGAUUACACAAUUUGUGCGUGCACCAUCAGCGCAGCUGUGCUGUGCGAUGCGGGCAGCGACCAGGGCCACGUGCACGGAGAUUGCCACAUGAGCCCGUUCAAGCUGGCUGUGGUAGGCACCUUCAGCGGAGGCCAACAUCCAGCAGUUGGCCGUCUCUACUCCUCAAAGACUGGCAUAUGGAGAAAAGCUGUCUGGACGGCGGGACCAUGUGCUGGUACAGUUAGCCGUCUCCCCUCCACCCUCAUCGGCAAUGCUCUGUACUGGUGGCUAGAUGAGUCUGAAGAUGAAAUACUCGAGUUCGAUAUGGGUAAGCGGAGAUUAACUGUGGUCAAGAGGCCUACUUUUACAGGCAUUCCCAGCAGCUGCAUCAGGAUCAUCAGGGCCGAGGGUGGUGGCGUAGGCAUGGCUGUACUCUCGUACCCCAGCUUCCAAAUGUGGGGCCGCACGGUCAGCAAUGAGGGCGUUGCUACAUGGAUGCUGCAGAAGACUGUCAACAUGCAUGAUAUCAUUGGUCUGCCGUCUGGGUUGGAGACAAGCAAUGAAGUUAUAGUGGGGUAUUCUGAGGAUGCUGAUGUGGUUUUCAUUUCGGUGUCCAGCAAUUCAGAGCACUACUCCUUUGUUGUACAACUAGAGUCGAUGAAGUCCAGGAAGCUCAAUCAGAAUCUUUUGGAGAAUUCAUAUCAUCCGUUCGCGAAUUUCUAUACCGGAGGUACUGAUGGAGUGUGAAGUUCUGCUCCAGCCAUUGAGUCACCGCAGCAGCAGGAUCUAUCCCUAUAUCGGCAUACAUCUCUUGAGCCACUGACCUGACUUCAAAGGUUCUGCCAUUAAUUCCGCAUGAUCUGCGUAUUUCUUAUAACCUUGUUGAUACAGUUGGAUGGUUGACUCAUAAGUACCCUGCGAUUAGCUGUGAGAGAUCCUUGUCACUUUGUCAGUUGUCUGUAUUUUACCAGUUAACUGUGUCAGUUGUUCUGUCCGUAUAAUACCUUAUGAGUUAUGACUAAUGUCACAGCAAUCCUGAUGCUGUGGGACCUGGGUUAUGUUUUCUUUUUUAUGUGGAAACAUCAUGCUUAUGUGUGUUACUGGGUGCCGCUUGUAGGAGAUGGAACCUCAUUUCCUGUGGUAUCCAUAAUGAUGAAGUCUACCCCUGGGUGUUGGAGUUCUAGAAUGAAAUUCUUAAGCCAUGUCUUUUACUCUGAACUUUUUCCUCUAGAUUUUUGACCCUAGUUUUGAUGGUUGAGGGCCAAGGGUGUAAAAUUUGGACAGUUUUGAGUUUGGGUGAAACAGGUAGUUAUCAAGGAAACAAAAGUAAACUUAUCCCUUUAACUGAAGUGUGCAUGCUAAUGCAAUCCCACCAGAUGUAGUGCAACUUGAGUGUAUUACUUUCUUUAAAUGGCGCUAGACUACUCGGGCUGGGAGACCAGUGGUUGGCGAUUGUGGGUCGUUUGUUCUGGUAGUCGUUUCAUUCUUUCCCGCUGCUGUACACUUGUUUUUAUUGAAGCUCAUGUACUUUGGUUAUUUAGUCGCCAAUGGGGUCUCCUUUCUCCUUGGUCCUGUUGGCAACGGCCGUUUAUUUGUUGCUUUGUGUGUUCUGGCACCCGACUUCAGUUUCUCCGCGUCUCCUUUUCCCAGAUACUUUUCGUCCAUUGCUCGUGAAUUAGCCAUGAGGCACAAAGUUGGGUUUUGUAGGUAGGCACAAAGUUGGGUUUUGUAGGUAUGCCCUUCGUGCACACACUAUCCGAUAGAUCAUAUCUGCAGUGUCCAAGUGGUGUAUAUAUAUAUAUAUAUUUUUGGUUAGCUUAUUUACCUUCUCUUUAACGCACAACCCUCUCCUUGUUUGCCAUGUGUCUGCAUGCUUCGGGUUGGUGAAGAGCCGCUAUGGUAGUUUUCACUCCCACCAUAUUCUUCUCUAGCUAAGCUGCCUAGUGCCUGACACUAGGCCAUAUCUACUGUUGGGCCUGCAUGGCAUCUGGGGUUCUCCUUCCCACAGUAAGAACCUAUCAAGCGGGUGGUCAAAGCCGACACCUCAUGGUGAAUAAUAAUGCAGCCCCUUCUCCUCCCAACUCCGCGCUUCCUCCUUUCCUUUCUUGUCGUGCCAUCUGGCAUGCUGUCGAGCUACUGCGUCCGUAAUGGCCGACAGCGUGUAACCAUCGGUAUGAGCCUCUUAUGAGUGGCUCGAGGCAACAGCGUCCACAUCCACAGCAAUGGACGGUGUUGAAACACCGAGCUUUAAUCCGUCCAAAUAUUUUUUUCCUUUUUUUUCCAUCAAUAUUUUGUUCAUAAACGUCACCUAUCUAUAGUUUGGCUAUUAUAUUAGCGAGUGGUCAAAGCCCACACCUCAUGGUGACUAAUAAUGCAGCCCCUCUCCUCCCAACUCUGCGCUCCCUCCUUUCCUUUCCUGUUGUGCCAUCUGCAUGCUGUCGAGCUACUGCGUCCGUAUUGGCUGACAGCGUGUAACUAUCGUUAUGAGCCUCUUACGAGUGGCUCGAAGCAACAGCAUCCACAUCCACAACGAUGGGCGAUGUUGAAACACCAUGCCCAUUAAUCCAUCCAAAUAUUUUUCCUGUUUUGUCCAUCAAUAUUUUGUUCAUAAAAGUCACCUAUCUAUAGUUUGGCUAUCAGUUUAUACCGAAGCAGACUUGCUACUUCAGUUACCGCCACAUUUUAGGGAAAUAUCUUAAUAUGGCGUCCGACAAUGUUCUGUGAUCAUUAUGGUGGCACGUAGGGACCCACGGCGUCGUUAGAAAGUCCGUUACCACCCCUGGUAAAAUUGUUUAUUUCAACUGUAUUGUGCUCUACCAGAGGUUCUUUCCUAUCCAAUUUACGAAAGAUGUUUGACUCACUUAGUUGGAAAUUCUAAGGGUGUGUUUGGUUUGUGCCCAAGAAUGCCCUACCAAAAUUUUGGCUAGCCAAUAUUUUGGUUGACCUAUUCGUUGCCCACAAGUUGGCCAAUAUUGGCUAAAAAAAAUGAGCUAGAGUUGAUAGUGGAGCAUCGGCAAGCCAAAAAGUUGCAACUAUCCAAACAAGAACCAAUCUUUUGGCCAUGACCAAAAAAUUGGUAGGGUAUGCCUUGGUAGCAAUCCAAACACACCCUAAGGCCCCUGUUGUUUGUCAGCUAGCGGCAGGAAUAAGAAUUGGAUACAUAUUUCUGUUGUGGCAUGAGAAUAGCUGGAUUCACUACAUAUCAUUGUUUGUUUUAUGCUUGAUGCAGGUGGUCGAAUAGUUCAGUUGAUCAGUAGGUUUUUUCGGCACCAGCCGCCAGGAUACCACCUUUUGAAUUUGUCUCAUGUAUGAAGACCAGAGAAAAUUUAAAAUCAAUAAUUGAAUUUUCAUCUGGUUUUCUUAUCAGCACUUGGUGGUAUAAGUUGAACAGAGAACAGGGGUCAGGUAAGCACUACAUCAGUCCUCACACUUAUUAUGACCUUGUUGCAACUUCCUAGAAAUGAGUGCUCUGUAAUGGUUAUUUGACAAAUCAAGAAAAAAAAGGAAUGUAGGCGACAUGAAUGGAAACUGUGAAGUGGCACCUUGCUUUGAACAAAAAAGUUCAUUUUGUGUUCCCUAGUUUUAGCCUUUUAGGAUACAUAAUUACAUACCAGUAAAAACAAAAGAAUGGUUAUGAGCCAGCUGUAGACGCGUCAAAGAAUAUCAAUAAAAACUAAAGCAAUACAUUGUCUAUACAUCAAAGUUUUCCUUGUCAGAUAUUUUGUGUUUUUUUUACCAUAACUUCGGAUUUUGGGCAGAUGGAUAGUUUUGUAAUUUUGUUGGAACUCCCUCUGUUCCAUAAUAUAAGAUGUUAUUACAACCAAUAUACGAGCAAAUUGGUUGUAAUAAUAUGUUAUAUUAUGGGAUGGAGGGAGUACAAAAUAUUUAUGUGCUCCUUGAAUUAGAUAUUCUUAUGACGUGAAGUCUUACGCUGUGGUUUCACCGACCAACUAGUUCGUCCUUUUGCUACAGGUAGCUUAAUUACACAUUUUCUGGAAUUGCUGCUUUCAAUUUUUGUAGUUUCCUUGAUUCAGUAGAUUUGUGGUGUGCAUUAAUACGUUGCGCUUGAUCAAUCAGUUUUUCUGCUCACAACAAUAGUUUAGGUCAACAUUUAUUUAUCCAUGCAUUCGAGGCAAACAUUUGUUUGUGUAGACUUGGUUGUUUGUGGUAUCCCGUUUUUAUUACAUGGCAUCAUGUUUGAUAAAAUUUCAAUAACGAAGCAUCAUGUUAGUCCCUUUAUUAUUGUUAUAUACUCGUGUCACAACUUUUUCUAGAUACCGAUGUAACUACACACAAAUGCAUCUAGAUACAUCCAUAUCUAGACAAAGUCGCGACAUUUAUUUUGGAACGGAGGUAGUAACUGUUACUACAUUUUAAGCUUAAAUGAUAUAUCCAGUGUGCUAGUUUUUAUUCUUUCCCCUUUCGUGUUGUAUGAUUCUAUCCCAUUUUUGGUGCCUUCCUCCCAUCUUUUGCAUUUUCAGUUUGCACAUGAUGUUGGCAAGGUAAAUACCCGAUCACUUGGGUGCAUUACCUUGACCUUUUGCUUUGUUCACACCGCAUUACUAUUUUCUUAUGUUACUUUAUUCCGUUUAGAACUGUGCAGUCACAAGCAUAUCUUUAGUUUAGGUGAAUAGCCAUUGUAGACUGAAUCCCUGGGCUAAGAAAAUUUAUCCCCUCACUCUAAGGCUGGUUUGUUUCAGCACUAUUAUUAGUCUCCUGAGGGAACUAUCUAGAAAAACACAAAUAAGAAUGCACUCGCUAGUGUCCAAGCCCUCUAAUAUGGUUUUUGAAGAUUCAGUUGAGUAAGCUAAGUUUCAUUGCAAAUAUUUCUAAUGGUUUAAUCUCUAGAAUGUUUCCAGAAUUCCAGCCAACUUGCUCUAAGGAUCCAAAGGAUUGUUUCCUGUUCGGUUAAGUAAGCUAAAUUCACUAUUUCACCAUUGUUUGUUGCUUUAUCCUCCAAAUCAGAUUUUUGAAAAGCAAUGUUUGAAUUAUCUUUAUAUUUGACUAACUGCCCUGCUGAUAAAACUAUCUGCUUUGGUGAAGAAGUGCGACCUCUAUUAUUUUCUUUUACUUAAAUUGCCAUUUUUCUAAUUAUCUUUUGGCAGAAGCAAGGACUGUCUCUAGGUUUUUUUGAUAUCCUUUUUUCAUGUCGUUUUUUGGGAUAUAAUCAAGUCGGUGCAUUUUGUUAUUUUAUUCAAACUCUUCUUUGGACUUGCAUUGUUGUUGAAUCCUUGGCAUGGCAAGAAGCCGGAAUCUGUAACUGACCCAUCUGAGAUCUUGUGGGUCUAUGAAGGUGAGUGUCCGUUGGCAAAACAAGGCACGAGUUUGUCUUAUGUCAAACCCUCUAAUCAGCUGUUCCGGAAUUUCUUGAUGAAUAUAUAAAUGGAUAAAGUUACUCUACUUUCUAAUCCCUCAUACUGCUGGUGCAGGCUGGUCAUGGCUUGCUGUUACUUCUUGUCAAUUCUUGGUGUGCCUAUGUCCUGAACUGAUAAGUACAUUAAAGAUUAUAGUGCAUCUUUUUGUCUUUGUUGUUCAGUUAAUUUAACCUUUGUGAACAGAAAACUCUGAAGCCAGAGAGGCAAGCUAAAUGGCUCUCCUCAAGAUUCCAAAAAGAGUUGAAGCUAUCCUUUUUUGACAGGGUUGAAGAUGCGUCUCACUGCAGGCUCUGGUAAAUGCACUGAUGAUUAAAGUGGGCAUGAUGGCGAGGUUCCACAAAAGGAUCAGUGACUAUGGGCGUCCAAAGGAAAUGUUGCCUGCUUUUGCCUAGGCGUAAGUGUAAUUCCUCUUGGAGUGAUGAUGAAUGAGAAGCAAAAGUCUUGCUUUAGAUGAAAUGCAUCAAAAAUUUGAACCAAGUAAUAGCAAACUAUCCGAUACAAAUGUAGAAUUUGUAAUACACGUCUUACUUGCAAGACAAAUUGUAAGGUAAUCUGUAUACUGAACAUGUUUGUGUGCUUACCUGUAACAGUGGACCAGCUUUUAGUUCUUGCAAUGGUAGAUGAUGCUCUGCAUGGUUCAGACUUGUUAGAA